CGUAUUUGCUACUAGGCGACGUAUCGUUCCGCUUCGAUAUACAUACUUCCAAUUUAGCAUACACACAUCAGCAUACACACAUCAGAGUUUAUGGAUAUUUUCAUCCCGGAGUUAUGUGUACCAGUUAUUGUCAAAGCUGUCGAGUAUACCCAGUAUUCUACCUGCAACAAUAUAUAUCUACACUGCGUAUGAGGAAAAACAGAAGUGGAUUUCACAACAAGUAGACAUGGACAGUGAUGUGGAGUUCAGUUUCGCAGAAUGGGAUGAUCUGUCGGAAACGUCGCUGAUGCACCUAUCGUAUUUUAUUCGGACACUACUGCCCAUUCGUUUGAUAGGGUGGAAGAAUGUAAAACGUCAUUACGACGGCCUUGUCUCCAGGUAUCCAUCGUCCUCGGGUGAUACCAGAAUUGUGACUGGAAGCAAUGCUGAAGGCUAUGCUCUACCAUAUUCAACGAUAAGAACUACGCCACACACUAUUGAAAAACCUUCUGAUGUCGAUAUCCUCUUGGUACCUGGUAACAUCAAAAUAUCUACUACGAAGCUCCCUGAGCCAAACGAUACAAAUUUCACAGGGUAUCUUGAAUAUGACGGCAUUCAAACAGGUUAUGUCCGGGUAUGUUUGACAACAGUAAAGCAGGAGGAUGAGAAAUUCGUAUUCGAUGAAGAAGCGGGCAAGUACUACUUGAGUAGCACAAAUAUGAUGGAAAAGCUACAGUCAAGAAUGCCUAGCUUUCCUUUAGCGGAAGUCGAAAAGGCAUCGGUCCAAGGUCCUGCAUUAACUGUAGAGAACAGCCAAGAUGUAACGCUCGAAACAAUGUUUGAUCCAAAUAUUGGGGUUUCGACGGAUUCCGUCAUAGCAUUAGCAUGCUCGCCUUGGCCUGUAAUAGCUACAAGCUGGAAAUGUAGAGCUAGUAAAUCUAAAUCUACGUGGUUAGAGCCUCAGUUGGUAGAUUCCAUUAUUAAAGAUGGAUGUCAUGUUGUUCCAGUACCUUCGAAAAAAUCAUUGACGCCUGACCGUGAAUGCAGAAUAUCAUUUUCUGCCUCUGAAGGAAGGUUAGCACGAGAAGCAGUUACUGACUAUCAAAGACAGUGUUACAUAUACCUGAAAAUACUGCGGAAACAGGUAAUGGGAAAUAAGCCAGUUUUGUCGUCGUAUGUGUUCAAGUCUGUCUUUCUCUAUUGUUGUGAAAACUUACCAGUGGAAUACUGGAGGGAUUAUCCCGGGACUUGCGUACUCUACAUGCUGGAUGUUCUGUUAGAAUGUCUUGAUAGAAAACAUGUGCCUACUUUCUUUUUGCCAGAAAACAAUCUGAUUGGUCAUUUUAGUGAAUCGGAGAUAAAAAAAGCCAUAGAGACAGUUGUUAACCUAAGACGUUAUCCUAUUACACCGAUAUUAGAUUACACAGAUACCAGAAUCAUAGGAAAUCAGAGCGUCAUUGCCACUUUCAGAGUGGUGACGAAACCUUUGUUGGAUGAUAUGACAUUGUUCAAAGAGCACAGAGACAAAAACGAAUCAAUUGAGAAGGGUAUAAUGAUGACUGGCUACAACAUUUGUCAUUUUCUUCUUAACGAACAACCUAGACAAGAAGAGGCUAAAAUCGCGAAACACCAAGAGGCAGUCAUGUGUUAUAUUGAUAUAUAUUCGCAAUGGCUAAGUCAUAUGGUACAAAAUGUGACAUUAAGGCAGUUCAUUUACUCUAUGGGUUUGCUUUUCAAGGAGCAUGAAAAAACCUUUCGUUUCUUUGAGGCAGUUGUCAGUCUUUCAGCUGAGUAUCCCGAAUUCUCAUCUUUGCGUGGCAACCUUGCGUGCAUGUAUCAUUCAUUAGCUUAUUCCCAUCCUGACGGUUCCGAUCAGAGAACUGAGUAUUUAAACAAAGCUGGGAAAAUGUUCAAGCAGGUGUAUGAGGAGACCAAGAGUAGCGCCAUCGAUUAUGUGACUUAUCUUGUCAAGCAGAAAAGAUAUGAAGCUGCCUUAAAUAUUCUGGAAGAGUUUACUGGAAACAUAGACCAACAUACACCGACUGGAAUAGCGUAUAGUGAAAAAGAACAAGAAACGCUUGACGAACCUUUGAGAAAUCAUGUGCAAGUCGAAGGGAAAAUAGAAGCAGAUGAUGUUUCAUUUGCUUAUUUUUAUAUUGUUAAAUGUCACGGAUCCCUUACAAAGUGUGACCGACAUUCGUCAAACGUCAAAAUAGCCCUCCAGAAAUUUGAAAAGCAUUGCGAGAAAGUAAAAGCAGGCCAGGCUCUGGUCUUACUUAAAUAUGCAAAAUCUCUGGUAGGGGCUGAAGUAAAUUCACUUGAAAAAUCAAAUCAUUGUUUUCUGAUUUAAUUUUGAGACAUCAUGUAAAUAAAUUCUUUUGAUUUCUACUGUGUUCCAGUAAAAUCUAUUACAAAACUGAUUAAUAUUUCCAGAAUGUUCUUUUUAUUCUUAGCGUUACAUGGAAGUUUUGGAACAUUCAAUGAUUUAUUAAUUAGGGUACUGUCUGACAAAAGCCCAGAACUUAGAUAGUAGAUAUUGAUGAAAUAUUCCUGUAUUUAUUGAUAAUAAAAUAGUACCAGUGUGUAUAUAUCUUUUUGAAGGAUUGAUUUUAAACUGUGGAUCUUUGAAGAGAGGAAUUAUACGUGUUUGAUUUAUUAAUGUUAUUUCUGAACUGUUGUGAAAAUAUUGUGGAUUUUUUUUUCUGAUUGGAUUUAAAUUUGACACGGACAGGAUUUUUUUUGUGUUGAAGUUAACUUCGCACCGACACAUGACAGGUCAUAUGGCGACUUUCCAGCUUUAAUGAUGGAGGAAGACCCCAGGUGCCCCUCCGUGCAUUAUUUCAUCAUAGGCGGGCACCUGGGUAGAACCACCGACCUUCCGUAAGCCAGCUGGAUGGCUGCCUCACAUGAAGAAUUCAACGCCCCGAGUGAGGCUCGAACCCACAUCGAUGAGGAGCAAGUGAUUUGAGGUCAGCCACCUUAACCACUCGGCCACGGAGGCCCCUAGACAGGAUAUGGACUAUUUAUGAACUAUUUUUACAUUAGUGUAAGAUUGGAUUUUACGGCUCUUUGACAUAUUUGACGGUAUCUGUAUUGUUACCUAAAUUCAUGAAUAAAAUUUUGUUAUUGUUAAUAGAU